CUAUAGUUACAAUCAAAACUUUCAUGUGUGUCCAGUGUUAUUAAAUUUUUGUUUUUUGAUUUUGAACAUAAAAGUAACGAAAAGUAGACCCCGUUGUUAAUAUCCGUAUAAUAUACAUUACGUAGAAUUAUAUCUCAAAUAUCUUUCUCCGUCUAUUUUUUUUUAAAAAAGCAAGCGUCAAAUAUUUUCAAAACUAUUAUUUUUGAAAGAAAGAAAUUCAUUUUAAAAAGAAAUUGAAUAAUUAUAAUACAAUAUAACUGAUAUUUAGACUAAAUGGACGAGUUUGGGGAUUUUGACAAGCCCACUCCAAUUUCUUUACAAAAAGAAAAGUUGUGCCGUCAAUUUGUUGAUGACAUGAAAGCAGCUACGCAACAUGAUUUAGAAAUGGGGAAUAGUGCUGAAAAGGAGCGAAUGUUGACAGAAGUCAUUCAAUUUUCUUCAUGUCCUAAAUUACAAGAUACAUUGCUACGGUACGGUAUACUUGAAGUUUACGCUGAAUGGUUGGAUCCAAGGAAAGAUGAGUUCCCUUCAUAUGAUGUUCGAUUAGGCAUUUUGCAAACUUUGAAUAUGGAUCCAAGAAAAGAAGAAUUACCUUCAUAUGAGGUUCGAUUGGUCAUUUUGCAGGCUCUGAAUAAGCUAAUUUUGGAACACACAGAUGAACUCAUAAACUCAAAAGUUAUGGACACAAUACUGUUUUUAUAUUAUCAUCCCUUUGAAUGUGAAGUACUUAAGGAAAUGUGUGCUUGCAUAUUGCUUUCUGAUCACAGUUCAUACAGCACGAAUUUAAACCCUGAAUCUGAAACAGACACAGAUGAAUAUAUGGAUUCGGAGUAUUUUUCUGACUCAGCCUUAAAUGCAGAUAUGAUUUCAUUUAAAAACUCAGAUCUCGAUUCUGACAGCACAUCAGAUGUCAGUUCAAAAACUUUUUGAAAUUUGACGUAAUUAUGAAAACUGCUGAAGUAAGUUACGAAUAUAAGUCAAGUUAUGUAUUGAAAACAGAUGUAGAAAAAUUGAUUUGAGGCUAUAUUGAACUCCUAUAUAAUAAAAUUUAG